AAGGAGGAGGAGUUUGGUGACGUCAUCCGGUGUAAUUAAGAGGAAGGAGACCGUUACUCGAAAAUGUCUCCGGAAAAGAAACUUCCAGAACGGCUUUUAUAGCCUCCCUGCCUCGCUGAAAUGCCACGAAUAGCAUAGUAACGGUGUUUAAAUCCCGCAGUGGCCUCAUUCCGCCCGAUGACUGUUUUUUUUUUACCCCUCCGACACAAAGCUGUUUUUUUCCGGCGGUUACAUAAAACGUCUUAAUGUGGAGCAGAGGUGAUCCUGACGAUGGACACGAAUCUUCUAAAACAGGUUCAAAUAGCGGAGGAUCUGCUGGAUGGGUUGGCAGCCAUGACUCAACUUGGCACAGCAAACAGCCCAGCAUCUUCAGGCGCAGACACAGCAGUGUGUCAGACAGUGGCGAUACCGGUAUUGGUACCUACUGCUCCGAUGGCGUGGAAGAUGACUCCAGCUCAAGCACCACACCCUCCUCUCUGCGCCCAUUGUCUAUCGCUGGCCAAGAGGAUGCGUUUGGCAACAGCAUCCCCGUCGUUCAUGUCAAGCCAUCGCCCUCCACCACAUCCUAUGUCAGUCUGAACAGGACAGCAUCAUCCAGCAGCUCAGGUCACUUGAGUAGGUCUUGCCAGGUGCUCCCUCCAGCCAGUUCUCCCCUUAGUGCACCUGGUAGUGUGGACAUGAAGGACCAACAGCCCAUCAGAAGGUGGUCUUCUCUUACUAAGUUGUCAUGUGGGGCUGAAAAGAGCUCCAGUCGGACAGCAGUUCACCAACGCAACACCAAUUUGCAUGGCUCCUUAGACAGAGGUCUGCUGUCUGGCUACAAAAAGGAACCCCGUAGUUUAAAUGGGGACCUUUAUUUACCUUUAACGUCCUCCUUACUGUGUCACAGCUUGUUACAGCGCUCACCUGGUGCCGGUCCCUGUUACUGGAGCAAACAUGGGAGUAAAUCUACUGGGUUUGAAACAGACCUGUCUCAGUCAUCAACCCUAUCCUCACCUGUUAAACGGAGCAGUUUGGGAGGUGGUCAAUUGAAUUGCUUUGAUUUACCAAAGCGACUAGAGUCACCUCUUGGUCACCAGGUGGACAGAGACUCUCCGAUUCAGCCUGCCGUCCGCACACAGAUGUGGCUGGCUGAGCAAAUGGAGUACAGCUCUAAAAGUGAGCACGGAGGAGAACUUAACCACCUCGCUGGCACUGGAACGAAGGUCUGUGGUGGAGAAGGCCUGUCACCUUGGCAAGGACAAACACUUGAACCAGGGUUGCAGGACCAGAUGCUGCAGGGGACAUCCCAUAUUAUCAACACUCUGGUGAAGGUUAAAGAGGGAAUGCUGAGACAAAGAGAGCUGGAAAUUGAUAGGCAAAAUCAGCAGAUACUGCAGCUACAUGCUCGCAUUAGAGAAAAUGAGCUAAGAGCCCAGCAGGUCCUGCACAGUCAGAGGUGGUUUGAAGACCCUCAGAUUUUGAAGAUGAAGGAAUCUGUAAAGGAAAUGCCGACUGAGCGACUGGACUGUCAUGAAGAUCUUAGCAGAAAAAUGGCUGUGGCUGAACUGGAAGUGCUCCAUCUAAACGAGCUUUACAAGCAGGCCACUCAAAAGUAUACAGAAGACCUCAGGAAACUGGAAGAAAAGAUAAAAACAAGGGAUCGCUAUAUCAGCAGUUUGAAAAAGAAAUGUCAGAGGGAAAGUGAACAAAACCAGGAAAAGCAGCAGCGCAUAGAAACUCUGGAGAAAUAUCUUGCAGACCUGCCAACGCUGGACGAGGUCCAGGUCCAGUCCCUGCAGCUGGAACAAGUGCGGAAGAAAGCUGAAGAUCUGGAGAAGAACAUGUCUCGCUUGCAGCAGGAUCUUGACUAUUGCAGUGGUUUGUUUAAAGACAAAGAUGUGAAGAUUAAGACACAAGACAGGAGAGAGACGGAGCUGAUUGCGUCUGUACACAGUCUGCAGCAGAAGGUGCAGCGGUGUUUGGAGGACGGAGUGAGGUUGCCUAUGUUGGAUCUGAAGCAGCUCGAGGAAGAAAACACAGAACUUCUGGGGAAGCAAGACCAUAGCAGCAGGCUCAUCGAGCACCAGAAAGGACAGAUUCUUCGAUUGAACUCUCACAUAAAGGCCGUCAGUGCAAGACUACGCAAGGGAAGAAGACCUUCUCUCUUGUGUUCUUCGGAGAACCAAGAAAGUCCGUCGAUUGAAUCUUUGGCCUUGUCACAGAAGCCGCAGGUGGAUAAUGAGCUGUCCCAUGUGGAGAUGUCACAAGUGGGACGGCUUUUGAAGGAAAUGUCCCUUUGUCUGCUGGACCUUCAGGCUCUCUGCAACAUCUUGGCUCAAAGAGCUCAAGGGAAGGAGCUCAACUUGUCCCUGCUGCUGCGGAUGACAUCCUUCAACGUUCCUGCAGAGGACAGCAAGAGCGUGGACGUGCAGGAGGAAGCGACGUUGAAAGUGACCGAGGUCGGCCAGCUGAGGAAAGGCGUUGAGGAGCUGAGGAACAACAUUGCCGACUGUUACGCCCACUUUGUGGUCACCAGUAAGUGACCAGCAGGAGGAGGAGGAGGAUGACCAAGUUCCACCCAGCUAUGCAAAAAGAAAACGCGUAAUUACAGUCGUCCAGUUCAACUCAGGGUGAUUAGUCAGCAUUUUUCACACUUGUGCAAUCACUCGGGACAAAGGAGAGCUUGAAUUCAAUGUGAAAGUGAAGCCAAUGAAAAGCACAAAGAGAAAAUAGGCUUCAAAGGGACUAUGCAGGGCUUGUGCUUACAGGAGUUGUACAUAAUAGUUUUACAGGUGACAUCACGGCUGGCCGUGUCACGCCAAAAACCUUCCCCCCGGAAGAAAUUUGGUGUGACAGCCCCUCUAAUGCCUGAAGGACCCUAAUGAGGGUGGAAGGACCUCAAAGCAGCCCACACGGCUGCCUGUUUUUAAAAGCAUUAUAAUUGGCUGAUUGUCAUUAGUGAAAACUAACUGUGAGGAAAAAAUAUUCAAGCUAUUUUUGCUUCGCUAAGUUUGCAGCUGUAACCCUUAAGAGUCAUAUAACUUGGUAUUAUCACGCCCUCAUUGAGGUCCUUCAGGCAUUAGAGGGGCUGUCACGCCAAAUGUCUUUUUGUAGGGGGGAAGAAAUUUGGCGUGACAACCGCAAGUGUGAGGUCCAAAGUCAUUUUAGGGGGGUAUGCCGUUUUCUCAGUAUUAGGACAUGCUGUAAAAUAAGCUAAGAAUAAAGUCAAAAUAUGAAAACAAAGCCAUAAUUUCCAAGAAUAAAGUGGAAGUAUUUGUGAGUGAAGUCAUUGCCAGGAAAAUGUCAGAUUUAGAUGGAGGGCAGCUUACAUAUUUUAGGGUUUGUUGUCGUUUUUAAAAUGACUUUUUUUUUUUUUUUUUUUUAUCCGUUCAAUGGAAUACUAUCUUCUUCUCAGCGCGGCAUAGAACACUCUAAAAGUUGAGUGUCCAGCAAUGGUCGGACACACUAACUCAAAGUGAUGGCUGAGAAGAAGCAGUAAACAAAAAAAAAGGUGGUGUCAUUCUUCUCCAAGAUUGUAUUGUGGUCAGUAUUAUUUUAUUACUUUAAUCGCUCACUGAUCUUUAUUAGGAGUCAUUUAUUAAUCAACAUUUUCUUUUAAGGGAAUAUUUAAGUGAUGCAGCACAUUAGUUUGGCAUCAUGCUAACGUAUUUUAAUGUUUACUACAGCCAAAGGAAACAAAAUGACUUGUGUAAUUUUCGGUCAGUGGAGAUAUUUUUUUGAUUUAUUAAAUCAAUGAGAUUAAUUUGAUUCAUAAAGUGUAUGUUUUAUUCAUUAUUUGCGUGUUUUAACAAUGCUUCUCUGUAUAACUUAAUGUUUCUUCUACUGUUAAAAAGUAAAAAUUUAACAAAGAUUCAUGUUCUUAAUGGUUCCACUCCUCCUUGUACACUUGAAUAAAUAUAUUUUUAUAAAA